AUGGAUCUUGAGAAAGUCUUCCACAUGAAGGGCGGGCGAGGCGAGACAAGCUAUUCCAAAAACUCUUCACUUCAGAAAAGAGCUGCUGACAAAGUGAACCACAUAACCCUAGAGGCCAUAGAAGAAAUGUUUCUGGAAUCAAAGCCAAAGAGCUUAGGCAUAGCUGACUUGGGUUGUUCAUCAGGGCCUAAUAGUUUAUCGAACAUAAAAGAACUUGUAAAUGCUAUCGAAAGGGAAAGUCGUAAGCUUCUCGAACGGGCACCUGAGUUUCGUGUCUAUCUGAAUGAUCUACCAACAAAUGAUUUCAACACAAUCUUUCAAGCAAUACCAGAUUUGUAUAGGGAGCUUAAGAAAGGAAGAAGUCAUGGGAGUCCAAUAUCUAUUUAUAUAGCAGGUUAUCCUGGCACGUUUUAUGGGAGACUUUUUCCAGACAAGUGCUUGCAUUUCAUAUAUUCCUCCAACAGUUUGCACUGGCUUUCCAGGGUCCCUCCAGGUAUAUAUAAUGAGCAGGGAGAUACAAUAAACAGAAAAAGCAUAUACAUAUCUGAAAACAGCCCGCCACAAGUAGCCCGAGCAUACUUCGAACAGUUCAAACAGGACUUCUCAUUGUUCCUUCAAUCACGGUCUGAAGAAGUAGUUGUCGGAGGACGAAUGGUGCUGAUAUUAUUGGGAAGAAAUGGUCCAAAUUAUGUCGAUAGAGGCACUGCAUUUUUAUGGGAAAUUCUCUACAGAUCUUUAGCCACCCUGGUUAGUAAGGGGGAAAUUGAGGAAGAAAAGUUGGAUUCUUAUGAGGUACAUUUUUAUGCACCAUCCAAGGAAGAACUCGAAGAUGAAAUAAGGAAAGAGGGUUCUUUCAAAAUGGACAGAUUUGAGAUGUUUGAGAUAGAGAAGGAUACUGGUAAUAGUUCAACAAGCUACGGAAAGGCUGUGGCCAUGACAGUUAGGUCCAUCCAAGAAUCAAUGAUUUCCCACCAUUUUGGAGAGGCGAUUUUGGACAAUUUGUUCGAAGAAUACGGGAGAUUGGUCGACGAAGAAAUGGCUAAAGAAGAUAUUAGGUCUAUUUCUUUUGUUCUUGUUCUUCAAAAAUUAUGA